AUGGGCUGGUCGUCGACUGCACUCGUGCUUGCGCUCGUCGCGUGCGCCAAUGCGCUCGUCCCGCCCGUGCAACGACGCGGUUCCCCGGCGCUCGCAUCGACGGCCACGCCGCCGGAGCUCUCGGUGCUCGUCGAAGGCCUCAAGCCGUCGGCGACCGUGGAGGUCCACGGCCUGACCAUGCAGCUGCGCGCCGCGGGCGAGGAGGUCGUGAGCCUCUGCGUCGGCGAGCCGGACUUCCCGCCGCCCAAGGCCAUCGUCGACGCCAUCGGCGCCGCGGCGCUCGCCGGCGCGACGCGCUACACCGAGGUCACGGGCACGAAGGAGCUGCGGGAAGCGAUCGCGUCGGACCUCGCGAAGCGCAAGGGCACGGCCUACGCGCCGACGGACAUCGUCGUCGCCAACGGCGCCAAGCAGGCCGUCUACGAGGCGCUCCUCGCGCUCGUCGGGCCCGGCGACGAGGUCGUCGUGCCCGCGCCGUACUGGGUGUCGUACCCGUCGAUGGUCGAGAUGGCGGGCGCCGCCGUCGUCCAGGUCGACGCGGACAUCGCCGACGGCUACAAGCUCACGGCCGACGCCUUGAAGAGCGUGCUGACGCCGAAGACGAAGGCGCUCAUCUUCUGCAACCCGUCGAACCCGACGGGCGCCGUCGUCGACGAGGCGGGCCAGCGCGAGCUGCUCGCGGUCUUGGACGCGCACGAGGCCGCCACGGGCAAGAAGGUCUGGGUCAUCAGCGAUGAGAUCUACGAGCAGCUCCACUACGAGCCCGCCACGCCCCACGCGUCCUUCGCGGCGCUCGGCGGGUCGUCGUUCGACCGCACCGUGACCAUCAACGGCUUCUCCAAGGCCUACGCGAUGACGGGCUUCCGCCUCGGCUACCUCGCGGCGCCCCAGGCCGUCGCCCGGGCCUGCGGCAAGAUUCAGGGCCAGAUCACGUCCUGCGCGUCGUCGCUCGCGCAGGCCGCGGGCGUCGCGGCGCUGAACCUGCCCGCCGGCGCGCUCGACGGCGACGUCGCGGAGUUCAAGCGCCGCCGCGACCUCGUGCUCGCGCAGCUGGAGGCCAUCGCGGCGAAGCGGGGGCGCAUCCGCUGCCCGCCGGCGCCCGAGGGCGCCUUCUACGUCUUCGUGGACGUCUCGGGCACGCUCGGCCUCUCGUGCGACGGCGACGCCGUCGACUCGUCGACGUCGUUCUGCACGGCGCUCCUGGCCAAGCGCAAGCUCGCCCUCGUGCCCGGCGACGCCUUCGGCGCGCCCGACGGCGUGCGCAUCUCCUACGCGGCGUCCGAGGCGGAGCUCACGACCGCGCUCGCGGCGAUCGACGCGUUCGUCAACGACGACUGUAACUAG